AUUUGCUUGGCACUGGGAGUUUUUGUAGUGUCGACUGAGGAGUUCUUAACAAUGGGAAGGUUGUUGCAGUCGAGGUGUUUAAUCUUCAGUUAGAAGUUGUUGUUCCAAUGCAGAGUUCAAAGCAUUAGUACUUGAAUGUAUGCCCAAUGGAAAUCUUGAGAAAUGGUUGUAUUCCCACAAUUAUUUCUUGAAUUUCAUGGAGAGAUUGAAUAUAAUGAUCGAUGUUGCAUCGGCUUUGGAUUAUCUUCAAGGUGGCUAUUCAGCCCCUAUUGUCCACAGUGACUUGAAGCCAAGUAAUGUCUUGUUAGACAAAGAUAUGAUUGCUCAUGUAAGCGAUUUUGGGAUAGCAAAGUUACUAUGCGAUGGAGACAGUAUGGUGUUAACCAACACCCUAGGAACAUUGGGUUACAUUGCUCCAGACUAUGGUUCAGAUGGACUAGUCUCCACAAGGUGUGACGUGUAUAGCUAUGGGGUGAUGUUGAUGUAAGUGUUUACGAGAAAAAAGCCAAGUGAUGACAUGUUUGUUGGAGACCUAAGCUUGAAGAGCUGGAUUGAAAUAUCAGUAUCACAGUUCACAUAUCAGGUUGUAGAUGCCAACUUGCUAAUGAACGUUAACGAAGAACAUGGCGAUAAAAUAGUGGAAUUCACAUCAUUCAUAUUGAAGUUGGCGUUAAAGUGUUGUACAGAUUCUUCUCAUAAAAGGAUUA